GACAACCUCUCUCUCUCUCUCCCUCUCUCUCUCUCUCACACACACACAAACACACACCGUUAACAGCAGUCCGAAAGUCUUCUACAGCCAAAGUGGUGUAUUUGUAAAGAGCUUCAGUUUGGUGUUUACACUUACAGCAGGAUUAUGGCUGACGAGGAAAAGACCAACUCUUGUGGGACAGUAUGCCUCAAAUACCUUCUGUUCACUUUUAAUCUGCUUUUCUGGUUAUCUGGGGGUUCUGUGAUGGCAGUGGGACUCUGGACUCUAGUGGAUAAGAGUGACUACAUUAGUCUGCUGUCCUCCAGUACAUAUCCAAACACUGCCUACAUCCUUAUCGCAGCAGGAGCUGUUGUCAUGCUCACUGGAAUCCUUGGCUGCUGUGCCACCAUUAAGGAGAACAAAAGACUUCUGAUAGUGUUCUUUGUACUGCUGGUGUUGAUAUUCCUGCUGGAGAUCACUGCUGGAGUUCUGGCCUAUUGGUAUUAUCAAGAGCUGAAUGAUGAGCUGAGCGCAGACCUGAAAAGGACCAUGGUGGAGAAGUACCAGCAGCCUGGUCAGGAGCACAUCACCAGAGCUGUGGACAAACUCCAACAGGAUCUGAAGUGCUGUGGCAGUAACAGCUCAGCAGAUUGGCAGGAGGGACCCUGGAUAAACAUGUUUGCUGACAGGCGGCUCGUGCCUGACAGCUGCUGCAAGACACCUACGUUUAACUGCGGAAGGAGAGACCACCCAUCGAAUAUCUACAAAGUAGAGGGUGGCUGCAUUUCUAAAUUAGAGGAGUUUAUUCUUCAGCACUUGUUGAUUCUAGGUGGUGUGGGUAUUGGGAUUGCAUUCCUACAGAUUUUAGGAAUGCUCUUCACCUGCUGUCUGUAUCGAAGUUUGAAAGAAGAGCCUUACUAAAGAUCUUGCAUCUCGUACUCAAAUCAUGUACCAAACACACACACACACACACCGUUUUCAUGCAUUUUACUUUUGCCUUGACUUUCCUGUCCUGCUGCUAUGCAAUGUAAAUAUUUUUGUGUAAGAUGGUGAAGGACAGCAGACCAUAACAAUAUAUUUUGGCUGCAGGGCAGUCAUUUUGAAAAGGAAAAGUAUGUGAAUGAUUGAAAAAUGCUUAUUGUUUGGUCUAUGAAGAACCAAUCUGAUUUAUUAUACUGGAUCAUCAUAUGAUAUUGGUUCAUCCAGGCCUGUACUUGAUAUAGCCUUGAAAUGCAUGAUAGUGAUUGGAUAAGAUGUAUUCUCUGCAUCAGCUACUUUAUUUCACAUGCUGCAUUGACUGUAUUCGUUCCCAUAUAUCUGUCUACUGUAAAGAUUAUCUUGAUUUUAAAAAAAUCCAGCUUGGUGUGACCAGCUACCAGCUUUUUUCUAAAACACAGGCCAGGCUGAUCAAACUGGUGAAGUAUCUUUGCCAGAUGUUAAGCUAUUUUUCUAACUUCCUUAUUACUUGACUCCAUUAGUAAAUACAUAGGAUUUUAGUUUUUCUAUUCACUUCACUGUUGUGUUCUUUUCCUAAAAACAACUUGUUUAUGAUGUCGCAUUAUUUCCAUUUACCAAACCUGACUGGCUCGGCCUGUGUUUUGAUACCUGGUACCAAACCGAGAUGAAUUUUAAUACCAGGAAACAUUUGUAAGAAACAAUGUCAUUUUGAGUUGGACUGUACACCGAUCAGGCAUAACAUUAUGACCACCUGCCUGAUGUUGGUGUUGGUUCCCCUUUUGCUGCCAAAACAGCCCUGAACCAUCAUGCACUGUGUAUUCUGACACCUUUCUAUCAGAACCAGAAUUAACUUCUUCAGCAAUUUGACCAACAGUUGCUCAUCUGUUGGAUCGGAUCACACGGGCCAGCCUUCGCUCCCCAAUGAGCCUUGGCCGCCCAUAACCCUGUCAUGGGUCACCACUGUUCCUUCCUUGGACUACUUUUAUUAGAUACUGACCACCACAGACCGGGAACACCCCACAAGAGCUGCAGUUUUGGAGAUGCUCUGAUCCGGUGGUCUAUCCUCCAUCACAAUUUGGCCCUUGGCGUCAAACUCGCUCAAAUCCUUACGCUUGCCCAUUUUUCCUGCUUCUAACACAUCAAAUUUGAGGACAAAAUGUUGACUUGCUGCCUAAUAUAUCCCACAGGUGCCAUGAUGAGAAGAUGUUCAUGAUGUUAUACCUGAUCUGUGUAUAUUGUAUAACCGUGUAAACAAAACAAAAAAAUCACAUGUAUGCUUGGAUUGGAUCCUUCUGUUUGGAUGAAAGCUUUUGUGUUAUGUGAAUAUAUAUAUUGUACAUUAUAUAUUGUAUAAUAUUAAUCAAUAUAUAUAUAUAUGAAGUA